UCGAUUGGGCCUGUAGUUUCCGAAAGCCCGUUAACUUCUUAUUGGGCCUAUAGGCCCAGGCGAUCUCUGCUUAGUUAUGGCGGAAACCGAAAUUCAGUAUUCGGAGAGUAGAGAAGAAGACGAGUUCUGUGCUGUGGUGGAGAAGAUAUGGGUUGUUUUCAGGUAUGUUGGGUUAUUUUCCUGGUUUUGGUGCUGUUUGGAGACUCGCCCAAGGGAAUCAAAGCUUCCAAUUCAGCUUCGGCGUUGGUCCAAAACAUUAUCUACUCCAACAAAAUUGCCUUCUUUUCCAAAUCAUAUUGUCCAUACUGCAUGCGUGCUAAGCGAAUGUUAAGUGAACUAGAUCAAGAACCUUUUAUUGUUGAGCUUGAUCUUCGAGAGGAUGGUGGUCGAAUUCAGAAUGUUCUUAUAGAUUUAGUUGGCCGAAACACUGUUCCACAGAUAUUCGUGAAUGGAAAACAUAUUGGUGGCUCCGAUGAUCUCAGAGCUUCCAUUUCGAGUGGUCAACUACAAAAACUUCUUAGUACCGGUUGAGAUAUUGGGACAUUGAGAGACUGCUUUUAAGAACUCUACAUGGGUUUAUAGUUCAUAAUGGUUCUAUGUCAUUGUGCCAAUGCUAAUGUCUAUGUGGAGAAUUUACUUAAAAAUAUUUAUAAUAGUUUAAAGAACAUAAAUCAAAUUCUUAUGACAUGCAAAUAAUGAAAUUGUAAUUUCUUUGCUUGAGUGUGUAUGAACGAAUUGCUUAUCUCUAUCUGGUUGUAAUCAAUUUGAGUUGUCUUUUUACUUCC